AACAAUCAGCUCUCACCAAGGAGAUGAACAUGACUACUAAUAUUAAAACAAACACUCAACAAACCGAGUGUAUUGACACGCACAUAUUAGCAUGUUGACAAAGUAGGCUAAUGAAAACAUGUGAAGCUAACAACAUGUUUACAUCCCGUAGGCUAGCUUAAAUGCUAAAAUAUGAUACAAUUUAGCUCAGCGCACAAUUGAGCUUAAGGUUAUUUGAGGCAAGCGGUGAAACAUCUACAUGGAAGAAAGUUUGACUAAAUUAAACAGUCUGGCAAGCUUGAGUCACGGCAAAAACAUUUGAGCAAUUUGUCCUUCUCUUUGGCACCAAAGUCAGGCUAAGCUCUUUGUUGUUCCAACGAUGCAUUACCUCCACAUAGCCUAUAGACAUGUUCUUAAUUUUUUGGGUCUUUUUCUGAAAAAGACAAACAAAAUAGGUCUUAACUUAAGGUUGUUUUAAUUGCAGAACGACUUAAAACCUUGUUUAAUGAAAGGAACAAUUACUGAACAGUGAAUAUUUCUGACAUGGACGUUUAAAAAAACUUUUUAUGCCUUUGAGUUGCGUUUUCUAAAUCUCAUUCUUUGGCAAGGCAUUUCUUCACUUUGUAUAACAGCAGAACGGACCAAAUGCAAUGAGGAAAAUGUAUUACAAAUCAUCGUUGUUUGUGAACUCUGUAGAUGACUCUGAAGCGAUAGAACUUUUUUUCUAUUAAAUGUCAACAUUCAAGUUCAAACGGGAAUCAAUCUACAGAAAAUGUCGCUUUAUCAGUAAAUCAGUGUUCACAGUGUGAAAUAUCUUUUGUGUGUGUGUGUAGAUCAUGAGACUGUUUGUUCUGAUCUCAACAAAAUGUUUUGAUUGUCAUCUGUGUAAAAAGGAGAAAUGUCAGAUAAGAUACUCGUUUAUAGACAGCAAUGAAUCUAGUUUGUAUAAAUCAUCUUUACUUCACCUCACACAGGUUUAGAAGAAAUAGAUUAUCAACAUUAAAGGUUAAUGCAAACCUCAAUGUUAUAGAGAAUCAGCAGUAUGUCAACAACUAUUUGUUUUAUGAUGCAUGAUUUCAGUCUGUUGAGUCCAAAGUUCAAUUUCAACAUAAGUAUUACCCCAAUAUUUAAUUUAGGUAUAAUAAAUUUGAUACAAUGUAUCAGGAAGUUUUGCGAAACAUGACGUUUACAUGAUGUAAAAAAAAGUAUGUAUUGCUUUUAUAUACUAUACAUCUACCUUUUUAAUCUUGUGUGAAUCUUUUUUGCAUUGUAUUUUUGUGCUUUAUAGCUUAGACUGAGUAUGUCUGAACGGUUUUUGUUUGCCACAUUUUAAAGUUUUUCUCCAAAUGUUGGAAUGUAAAUCAGUUUUUUAUGCUUGCAAUUGCAAAACACUUCACAUGGAAAGUAAAGCAGAUCAAAAAGCCACGACCUACUGGUGUUGAUUAGAACACAUUUGACUGUAGAGAAUGAUCUACGUAAAGACAGUGUUAGAUUUAGAGCAGCCCUGAUAUUAUUCUCAUGCUAUUGAAAAAGCCAUGUCCUAUCCUUCCUCCUAAGCUGGUAGCUCGGGUAACCUUUACGGAAUGCAGAAGAUGAUGCCAAGAUUAUUUUGGGCUGAGAUUCAGAUGUUAAAAUAGCAAAAAAGGUUGCAGGGUAGAUUACUGAGGAGAAAGCAGACAGUUGUGCUGUCGACCUACAUGUUGGUCUCGUACAGAGAGACGCUGAAAAGCAACGUUUCCAGCCAAGGCAAGUGUCCACUACCAAUAUGUACAAAUAUGUUGGAAAAUAUGUACUACAGUGUCUAUGAACUAGUGUUUGGAUUUAUUGUGUUUUAUAGCAUUAUUUAGAAGGCAAACAUGACUAUAACCCCUUUUGUUAUUGAGUUUGUGUGAUGAUACUGCAUUGCAUGAUGGAUCACCACACUUUCUUCUUUUAUUAAUUUGCUUACAAGUGCAGACGAACCACAACCAAAAGGCUAAAGAGGGGGAGUGUAAUUCAUAAACCCACCGAGAAGAGGCCCCGAGGAGGUUGUAAAAACAGAAGUAAAGCAUACCAACAUGCCCAGAGGCCUCAGCUGCUUGGCGAGCCCUGAGGGGCCAGACAGCGGGUAUGAGACCCCCCCAGCUUCAGAGCUCCAGAGGCUGAUGUGGACAAAGAAAGGGAGCAGCAACCAUCUGGAUGAGGUUCAGCACAGGAUCUAUAUUGGAGACAUGUAUGCAGCCAAAGACAAAAGGACUCUCCAGGCUCAUCACAUCACACACGUACUCAACGCAGCUGAUGGGAAAUUCAACGUGAACACCGGCCCCAGCUUCUACCGAGACACCAAAAUCACUUAUCAUGGAGUGGAAGCGUUUGACAUGCCAUCCUUUAACUUGAGUCCCUUCUUUUACCCGGCGGCCAAUUUUAUCAAGAACGCUUUAAGCUGGCCCACAGGUAAAGUCUUCGUCCACUGUGCGAUGGGUCUGAGCCGCUCGUCCACCUUGGUUCUGGCCUACCUGAUGAUCCACCAAGACAUGACGCUGGUGGACGCGCUCAAAGCUGUCAGUGCCAACAGAAACAUCUCACCGAACGCCGGCUUCCUUGAGCAGCUCCGAGAGCUGGACAAAAAGCUGCACUGCGAGGCAUCAGCCAGGCUCUCCAGUUCCAACAGGCGGACUUGAGAUGAAUCCAUUAGUUGUGUCUUUGCGUAAUCUACUGAAAACAAACUGCUGAAUUUAAAAACAUUUUCUUAUUGUUUGGUCUUUAAAGGGGACAUAUUAUGAAAUGUUACAGUGUUUUUCAACAUAUAUUUGGGUAACCCGAGUGUCUAACGACCCACAAAAUGUGAAAUAAAUCCAUCCAUUUGUAUUUUCGCUACAGAGGAGUGAUGUCUACCGGGAAAACGCAUUGCAUUGCAUUUAAAGAGACACACACACCAAAACGGAGCGUUCUGAGAGAGCUGGUUUAUACAGGGUCACAAACCUCCUCU